UCUCACUGAGUCCGCUUGACGCAGACACACCAAAUCGCCUUAUAAUUGUUUAGACUUAAACGCUGCUCUCAUGUCCUUGGAUAUUUAAUUGUAGGAGACGAGAAAAAUAACGGAAACCAAACUUAUUCGUCGUGAUUCAUCGCUUUCCACUCGGCUUUGAAUUUCGAGGAGACACGUAGAUCCCCGGUUUGACUUCCGUCUGCUGACGGAUUUAUCCUCUCAGCUGUUGGGUGUAAGGAGGAGGGGAAGCAAACAUGCCUAAACCGAUCAAUGUCCGUGUGACCACCAUGGAUGCAGAGCUGGAGUUUGCCAUCCAGCCUAGCACCACAGGAAAACAGCUGUUUGACCAGGUGGUGAAAACAGUGGGUUUGCGGGAGGUUUGGUUCUUCGGUCUACAGUAUGUGGACAGUAAAGGUUACGUCACAUGGCUAAAACUGAACAAAAAGGUGACGCAGCAAGAUGUGAAGAAAGAAAACCCUCUGCAGUUCAAGUUCAGAGCCAAGUUUUUCCCAGAGGAUGUGUCUGAGGAACUGAUCCAGGAGAUCACACAGAGACUUUUCUUCUUACAGGUCAAAGAGGCCAUUUUGAACGACGAAAACUAUUGUCCUCCAGAGACGGCCGUCUUACUGGCUUCGUAUGCUGUCCAGGCCAAGUAUGGAGACUACAGCAAAGAUGUUCAUAAGCCUGGAUACCUUACCCAUGACAGACUGCUGCCUCAGAGGGUUCUGGAGCAGCACAAGCUGACAAAGGAGCAAUGGGAGGACAGGAUACAGACCUGGCAUGAGGAACACAGAGGAAUGCUCAGAGAAGAUUCAAUGAUGGAGUACUUAAAAAUUGCCCAAGACUUGGAGAUGUAUGGCGUCAACUUUUUUGAGAUCAAAAACAAGAAAGGCACGCAGCUAUGGCUUGGUGUGGACGCACUCGGUCUAAACAUCUAUGAACACGAGGACAAAUUGACACCAAAGAUUGGCUUUCCUUGGAGUGAGAUCAGAAACAUCUCCUUUAAUGACAAGAAAUUUGUCAUCAAGCCUAUUGACAAAAAAGCACCUGACUUUGUGUUUUACGCCCCCCGUCUGCGCAUCAACAAGCGUAUUUUAGCGUUGUGUAUGGGUAACCACGAGUUGUACAUGAGGAGAAGAAAGCCAGACACAAUCGAAGUGCAGCAGAUGAAGGCUCAAGCGCGAGAAGAAAAGCACCACAAGCAGAUGGAAAGAGACCAGCUGGAGAAUGAAAAGAGGAAGCGAGAGCUUGCUGAGAAGGAGAAGGAAAGGAUAGAGCGAGAGAAAGAGGAGCUCAUGGAGCGGCUGCGGCAGAUUGAAGAGCAGACAAUGAAAGCUCAGAGAGAGCUUGAAGAGCAGACCCGCCGGGCUUUGGAGUUGGAGCAGGAAAGGCAGAGAGCCAAAGAGGAGGCUGAGAAGCUGGAGAGAGAGAGACGAGCAGCAGAGGAGGCCAAGGCGGAGCUGGCCAGGCAGGCUGCAGACCAGCAGAAAACCCAAGAGCAGCUGGCUGCAGAGCUGGCAGAAUUCACAGCCAAGAUCGCUCUCCUGGAAGAGGCUAAGAGGAAGAAGGAGGACGAGGCCAUCGAGUGGCAGCACAAGGCUCUGUCUGCUCAGGAGGAUCUGGAAAAGACCAAGGAGGAGCUGAAGACUGCAGUGACACCUGUGCCCGCUCAUCCCGGCGGUCACGCUGAGCAUGAGCACGACGAGCAGGACGAGAACCACGCAGAAGCAAGCGCGGAGCUGUCCAACGAAGGCGUCAGCCAGCUGGACCUCCGCAGCGAAGAGGCUCGUGUCACCGAGUUCCAGAAGAACGAGAGGGUGAAGAAGCAGCUGCAGACUCUAAGCACCGAGCUGGCGGACGCCCGAGACGAGACCAAGAAGACGCAGAACGACGUGCUGCACGCUGAGAACAUGAAGCAGGGCCGAGACAAGUACAAAACGCUGCGGCAAAUCCGGCAGGGCAACACGAAGCAGCGCAUCGACGAGUUCGAGUCCAUGUGAAAACAGAGCCGCCUAGUUUCCCCUCUUCUUACCCAGGCAACCAGACAAUGCCAAAGCUUCUUCACAUAGAGCCGCUCAGAACAAGCAAUUUAUCUGAAGGGGAAGAAUAACUGUAAAACCAAAUCUAGA